GUUCUGCAGCAAACAGUUACGUUUACCAACACAUCACAAUAUUGUCGACAUGCCUUGUGUCUUUGUUGAUCGCAUUCCUUUUCUGGAGGACUCAAUGCAGUUAUAUCCUGAUGCUCUUCCAAUGCGAUUAAACCCGAGAGGUUCUGGGAGAAAUAUGAGCCUUUUUUGUGUCAUGAAAAGAUACAACAUGAGUUUGAGGGACUAUGUCAGACGAUUUGAGAUCCCAAGGCGCACAUCACUUCUGUUGCUUACCCAGCUGCUUGAGGCAAUACUGCAUAUCAGUAAGCACAAUGUGGCCCACAGGGACCUGAAAUCGGACAACAUCCUUCUGUCUCUAGCCGAAGGAUGGCAAUACCCUCAUUUAGUGCUGACAGACUUUGGAUGCAGUGUUGUGACUGAAGACACAAGUAUGACCGUCCCGUUUCCGUCUCGAGAAGUUGAUCCCAGACAGGGAAAUAGUGCACUCAUGGCCCCUGAGGUUAAAACAGCUAUCCCAGGAUUUCUGAGGCCUGUAAAUUACUCCCAUGCAGACUUGUGGGCUGUGGGUGCUCUGGCUUAUGAAAUGUAUGCUAUGGAGAACCCUUUUUGUCACAUACAUCCCAGCACAGGAAACAAGCAGCAGCCUUUAGACUCGUUUAAUUACAAGGAAUCCCAGCUGCCACGAUUGCCCAAGAGCGUGCCUCCAGCUGUCAGGCAUCUCAUUCAUGACCUCCUCCGCCGAAACCCUCGAAAUCGGCCAAGUGCCAAUGUGGCAGCAACACUCUGUCAGUUAAUUCUUUGGGCUCCAAGCAAAUGGCUGAGUCGCCAUUCCCUUACUCUUCCAUCACAAACUGAGAUUAUGCAGUGGUUACUGUGUCUCACAACAAGUCCUCUGUGAGGCAAGGCUCUCAGCUCUCACAUAGAAAGCAGUACUCAAGCCGAGAACAACAGAAGAGAUGAGGGAGGGAGUUGUGACCUCAGAUCGCCAAGGAGGGCAACUGGAGUAUGAGCUUGUUUCCACAUUUUUGGCGAGAGUCCACUACAUGGACAUCAUUCAAGCCAUCAAGUGGAAUAGAGCAUUUUAGAUAUGAGUGGGAAUGUUGUGAGGCAAAUGUAGUCUCAUAUAUCUAGAAAUGUUUUACCCAAUAGGAAAGCAAAAUAUUGUAUUAAAUUAUUAUUAUAAUUUUUUUUUUUGUUUCUAGUAACCUUUUUUGAUUUAAUGAUUGCUGUCUCACAGAGAUCCUCUUGUUCCAUUUAAAAAUGGUAGUUUGUGUAUAAGUAAACUACAAAAAAGAUAGUAAAAAUGUAAAGUAGGAAUAUGUAAGUUAAAAGGUAAAAGUUAGAAAAAGAAGAAAAAAAAGUAAUGUCAAAACAGUUAUUGCUUGAAUUUACUGCACACUAGUAGACUGUUAUCUUUUUGAAGAUCAUUAUGUUGGAUGCAAAUUUAUAAACACCAGAGAAGUAUUUCAGAAAAGGAAAAGGAAAGAAGAGGGACACCUCUUAGGUCCAUGUUCAUUAAUAAUGGUAUUCUGGAAAUAUUUCAUUCAAAUAUUUGUAGUGUAUGUUUAUCAUUGACAAAAAGGUUACAGUCACAAUGCUUUUACAUCCAUACACUUGCACUCAUUUUAGGUCCUUGCACAGGCGUGCAGACAGGUGUUCUGUAUGUCCUUUCAUAAUUGCUAUAUGCUGUAUACUUUAUGUAUAAGGACUCAAGGUUAUAUAUCUUGAUCAUUCAGUGGUAUUACUUAUUUUCAAAAUUUGUAUUAAAUUACUCAGUUAAACUGGUGUUCAAAUAAUUUGCAGAGCCUACUUUGCUCCAGCAAAUAGUAGAGCAUUUUGCAGUUAUGGUUAACUUGAGCAUAUUAAAGAGUAUAACUAGAUAUAUAUAUGUAUCAAAGGAUAUACUUAAUACAUAGGAUACAUACAAUAUUUGUUUGUAUAUUGUGAUUUUGUUUUAUUGUUUGUAUAUUUUUCAUUUCACUUUCCCUUCCAUGUAUAAGUUAUCAUGUUUGUCAAUUUAAUUUUUAUAUGGAAUCCUUUUCAUACAAAAUUUGUGAUAGGAAUGCCUUGUUAGUGUUAGGAAACCUAGCUUGUACCUAUUUUUUUUUUUUUUUGUUUGCCUAAUUGACUUUUCUAAAAAAAAAAAAAAUCCAAAAAACUUAACUAAUGUCAAACUGAUCACUUAAUGGGAUCAACUGACAAAUGUAUUCUUUUAACUAUUCAUAUUUGAUAGAUCACCAUUUAGAGGGGGGAAUUCUGGAUAAUUUUUAGAUUUGGGAUAUAGUUUAGAACAAGAUGGAAUUGAAGAAAACACAGGCAGACACAGACACACAAACAUGAGAACACAGAUACCUACUCAUAUAUUCACAUACAAACCUAUGUUCAAUUAACCUGCUCCCUCUAGCUUAAUUCAAAGAUUAUAUAUUCACAUGAAAAGAGUAGAGAAAGUAUGUUUAUUAGCAUUUAGUAUACUUAUUCUUCCUGUGAUGGUAAAUGUACAACAUAAAGGAUAGUAUAUGUAUAUAUAUGGCUAGACAAAUAAAUAUUUUAAUAAACA